UAUUGUACUUACAGAUGAUGAACUGAAGCUUUUCAGUUGCUGUAGAAUUUGCUCUUCAUCUGGGCAAAAAAACACAGCAAAUAUAGAAGCAAACACCGGGCCAAACCAGAACCAAAACAGCGGUAGAUAUUAGACUUUGUGAUAAGUGCUGGCACAUUGAAGCUGCUGCAAUCGCACCAUGUUGCUCCAUGAACGAUGAGUUCAUCAUCUUUAGCUUCCUCAGUCCUCUUCUUCUUCUUUUCAUGUGAUCGAACAUUCACAGCAAAGUCAGACGCUAAGUUGUGAAAACAUCUGGAUUCUUCAUAAUUUGAUAUCUACAAGAAUUCAGAGGUGAAAAGAUUAUAGUCUGUGAAGACAUGAAUGAAUCGACUGAAAGAUGGAAAAAAGGACUCAAGUCGUUGUAAGGAAGUGACACUUCACUAAAACAGGGAAGUGAACGCCUCCUAAAGAAGCCUCAGCUCAUUUGUUCUCUCAGUCGAAGGUGUGAGAAGGAGACAGGAGCACGAUGGUUGAACUCAAAUGGACUAAAUGGAUUAAAAUGUCUUUGUUUGUGAUGCUGGGGCUUCAGUUCACAGCAGCUGUCACAGGACAAGGUUCCUUCCUCUUUUUCAGAGAUGGAGAUGAAGCCACUCUGCCUUGUAAAAAUGUCAGAGAUGAUCAGGAUAAAUGUGACAGUACUUACUGGACCUUCAGUCAUUCAUUAGACUCAUCUGUAAACCUGGUUGUAUGGGGUCAGUUUGGUAAAGAUGCUCAGACUAAAUCAGACAGACUGAGUCUGACAGAGAACUGUUCUCUGGUUCUGAAGAAGGUCUCAGCUGAGGAUGCUGGUCGUUACGGCUGCAGACAGUUUGACAAGUCAGGACGACAACAAGCUCCAGACUCUGUGGUUGAUCUGUCUGUUGUUUCCAUGACUGAACAUGAGGACAGUGAUAUGGUCAUCAUGUACUGUUAUGUGUUCACAUUUGGACCGUGUGGAUACCCAGUGCAGUGGCUGUAUGAGGGUAUUAAGGAUGAUUCCACCAACAUAGAGUCAACACCUCGUACCUGCUCAGCCCGUGUGUCAUUUAACACUGCUCAUCUUCAUCACAAGUCAAAGUAUCAGGAGUCAUUCAAGUGUGAAGUGACAGAUAUAAACAGCAAGAAACGGCUGCGGUUUACCUUCAUCCCUCAGUCCUCAGGAGAGAAAACAGCUGCUACAGAUUGUUCUGCUCUGACCUUCAUCAUGUUGCUGAUGCGUGUGGCUGAACUCCUCCUCAUCACUGUGAUCACUGUUCUCCUCGUCAGAGCUCGAGGGAACCAGAGAGCACCUGAAUGCAACACUGUCUCAGACUCAGUGAGAAGCACAACAGUGAUGCGUUCAGGUGCAGCAGCCAGUCAGGUACACGGUGAUGAAGAUGAAGAUGAAGGUAGAGUGAGCUAUGAAAACUUUGGAGAACCUUCUUCCUCUGUCAGAAUCCGCUGAUCAACAAGCUGGAAGCUUUUCUCCUCUGCAGCCAGUUCAGUUCACAGCAGCUGGAUUCAACCUUCAUCAAACACCUUCACAGCUUCAGACCUGUCAGAUAUUAGAUGGUGCAGAUUGUUGUUGAAGCUCAGUUUCAUCUCUCAGUGUACGGAGGUACUUCUUUGAACUCUCUCUCUUUUAGCAGUGUUGUUGCCACGUCUUUGUUGGGAUAUAUACGUGUCUGUCUGUAAGUGAUGAUGAUAUAAUCUACAAAUGAAGAAAUCUUUAACAAUCAACUG